AUGAGCUUCGUCUCGGCGACCGCCAGCAACCUGAGCGCCGUCUUCAUCGCCGCCGCCAGGAUCCUCCUCGCCGCCGCCGCGCUGCUCGUCAAUGCCGCCGUCACGGGCUACCAUGUGACGGCGUACGUGCUCUCGAUCGUGCUCGCCAUCGUUGCGUGGCCCCUGCGCGCCGUCUACGGCGUGCUCUUCGUCGUCUUCUCGCCCAUCAUCUACACCGUCGCCUACCUGCUCACGCCCCUGUUCUUCUUCUACAACCUCGUGACUAGUCUUCAACCCCUUUACAUCUACCUCGGCUCAGCCGCCUUCGUCGGCGUCCUCGCAGGCCUGCUCAUCAAGGCCACGUCCACGGCGACGAUCGCCGCCCUGGGCAUCAUCAUCGCGCAAGGCACGCCGUCGUAUACCGACGACGACGAGCGCCGGCGCGCGCGUCCCGGACUGGCCCGCACAGAUUCCAACCUCACGAGCGCCAGCGAGACCACCACCGCCGGCGGCGGCACCGCGCCCUUCUCGGGAGACGGCGGCAGGCCGCUGAGGGCGGACAAGCAGCUCGAGGACUCGGUCAGGGAGGACUGGCUAUGGCUCGAGUCCGUCUCCGCGCUCCAGACCGCCGACCCGACCGGCAAGCGCAAGAAAAAGGCAGCAGGCCUGCUGUCGCAGACGAUCCUCGAAGAAGAGUCAGAAGGAUCCAGGUGA